CUGUGUUGCAACGUGAAAUCAAUAAACCGCAGAGGAGAAUACAGAAGUAAGAAGGGAGGAGAAGCCGACAGUAAAGACGGCAUGGAUGAAGCCUCCACGAAGCACACAUAGAACAGAGGAGGAGUUCAUGGAUUUCUCCGUAUCCUAGCACCAUCAAAGGAAGAGAAAGCCGCAUUCAGAGGCUAAUAAACAUUUCCACCGUCUACUGAAUUGACUGAGCUCUCCAAGAAACAGACCAAACAUGGUGCACGUGUACAACUGCCAUCCAUUCGCCUCACAGCAGAUAGUGCAGGUGGAGCAGGAGCCUGGACUGGUCUGUUGUGGAGGUGGAGCUCUGUUCGUGGUUGCUACUGGAGGAUGCAAGGUGGAAGCGUACAGUGUGGAGCAGGAGGGCUGCCCUCUCAUCUGCCGCUUUGCCACCAUGGGCACCGUGAGGAGCAUCCAGCACAGCAAGAUAGGAGACUACCUGGUGACCAUUGAGGAGAAGAACAGCGCCACCUACCUGCGAGCCUACACCAACUGGCGAUACCAGGCUGAGGAGAAAGCCCGCGUUGGUGUGCGUUUGUUGGGCCACCUGCUGCGUGGGGCAUCUGUGCGGGGCGGAGUGCAGAUGGAAAUCAUAGAGAUCCCUCUGUCAGAGCGACCUGUUGCCAUGGCGUGUUGCUCUGUAACAGGAGACCUGCUGGUCGGCUGCGAGAACACUCUGGUUCUGUUCACAUUGAGGAGACAGAACCAGCAGAACCUGCAGAGUCAGAGUCAACAGAACCUUCAGAGCCCCUGGCCGAAUGCUCAGCAGCCCUCCAGUCACAGUCAAGGUCAGACCUCAAGUUCAAAUCAGAAUUUUUCCGCUCUGGAUUUUGAACGCUCGGUCAUCGUGCACGUUCCAAAAAUUACACCUAAACAGGUGGCGCUGUGUGUAGGAUAUGUAGCAGUGCAGGCAGAGCUGGAGGUGCUAGUGCUGAAACUGGAAACACCCUCUGAAUCUAAAACCCUGGACGAAUCAUCGGACACAAGUAAAAUUGCAGAUCAUCUCGAAGACCAGACUGACUUUCUGCUCAUUCCGAAGCACCAGGAGUUGCUCGGUGAUCGAGCUAAAGACUGUGACAUCCCUGUCAGCAUUGAAAAGACCGGGCUGGAGGACAAAGGACAAUACACUCUGUCAUAUGUUCUUUUCAGGCGCUUUACUCCAGAGUUCUUCCAGGGCUGCAGUGUGGAGGAGACACAACUUCACUCCCUGCAGCUUUACCCGCUUUUCACCAGUAACCAGUCAGUGUCCACGGACAGACCGGCGUGCGUGUUCUGCUUCUUCUCCCUCCCCACCGCCGGCUACCUGUACAGCCUGAAAGGCGGAGUGGAGCUGCUCUCAGCCUAUCAAUAUCCAGAGAAGGUCCUGGAGGCGGUGCUAACAGACCACCUGUUGCACGUCAUAACAAAGAGUGCGUUGCAGUGUUUCACAGUGCGCUGUGCAGCAGUGGCAGCCAGGAUUGAAGACCCCUACAUCGAUACCACCAUGAAGGCCUGUCCGCCCAGCAGCCUCGAGGUGUGUGCGCUCAGGAUGCAGCUGUUCAUCGGCCUGCGCUCAGUGUGCGUCUACGGCCGCCAUGUUGUCCUGCUCUCCACCGCCGACACAGAGACACCAGAGGAGACGGAACGCAGCACACAGCGCAGGGGCCUCGAGUUGAAAGAACACACCAUGCUGACUGGUAUUUUCCUGGCGGUGGGAAUCGAUCCCGCAACCACGCCGGCUCUGGAGAGCUUUCUAUCACGCCCCUUCCUGACCAGGAAGUGGACAAUCUCCUCUCCCAAAGAAACCAGUGCAGCAGGACAUGGAUGGAACCUGUAUGUGGUCGACACCGUCACCCCCCUCACCCUCUACCAAGAGAUGGUUGAAUACAGUCGGCACUACGCAGAGACCAACCCACAGGCCCAAAGCCUUCGACACCUCCUCAGUGAAGCUCACCUCCUCCUCCGCGCCGCCUUACUCCAGACAUCAGAGCAGCAACAGAAGAGUGAGGGCGACGCCACGGCGUCUCUGCAGGGAGACGCAGACAGACAGCCUGAGAGACAGACAGCUGCGCAGACAGACAGACAGGAGCUGGAGGAGGCCCUCAGGCAGAACUGUGCACAGCUAGGAGACUGUUUCAGCAGGGCUAGCCAGAAGGACUGCCACCUGGCUUUACCAUACUACAGGAUGUCAGGUCUGUCAGUCACAGAGGUCAUGGUCAGGAACCGCCCACAUCCUGCCAGCCCUCACUUCUAUGGCCCUGGCUUCCUGUUUUACCUGAAACAUUAUCUGUUAGAGGAAAUGGAGCAGAGCCUCAGUCAGGAAUCAGCUGAUGAGGUCAUCGACAUUUUCAGCCAAUCAGAUCCCUCAGAGCUCAUCAGCGUAUGUGCCAGCCCGUCCAUGAUAAACAUCAGUCCUGCCCGCACGCUGCAAAUUUUACAACAUCUGGAGGACACAUCUGGCGUGUCGGUCCCACUGACAAUCACCAUGGCAAACAUGAUGCUGCGUUUAGAUGACCUGCCACAGUUCACACAGCUACUGUACAGACAUGCUGAGAUGCUGCUGGUGUACGGUUUCAUCCAGGAGCCGCGGCUGCUGCUUCAUGCUGGAUGUGGAGGCCAGCACACACACAUCCGUCCCACAGCGUUGAGUCACCAGCUUACAAAGUCCCAUCCAGGACUGCUGGUGGCUGGCAUGGUGGCUCUACAUGAGAACAACAAAGUUCAACUGGAACAGGCUGAUCACAUAUUCAAGGAGCUGGGCUGUGAGAACUGCUUACAGGUGGAUUUCUGGGAGGCGACACUGAUGGCCUCCUCACACGAACCUGUCAUCCAGGAGCUUCUGUUCAGACUGACCUCUGUCUACAUCGAUCGACUGAUGUACACGACCUCAGAUGCACACCCCAGCCUCGCUCACACAUCUUCAAGACGCAGGUCGCUGAAGAGCGCUGACGAUCUGAUCAACUCGUGCUCCCAUUACGGUGCUCUGUACCCCUGGCUCACUGUUCUCAGUCCAGCUCACACUACCAGCUUCCAACACCAGGAGUCGUUACACAAACUGCAGUCUCUCCUGUGUGGUCCUUCCUUGUCUGUUGGUUCAGUCCUGCCUCUGCUGGAGCGUCUGUCAGAGGAAACCUUAUGGGGCUUCAGCCUGCACCUCCUCUGCGACACCAGAAGGGGACAGUACGGCAGCAGCAUUGAGAAGUUGCUGGACAGAUGUCCUCAGGCCAUCAUAGCCUACGCCAAUCACCAGCUACAAGACAAAAACAUGGCAUUAUGGUGGCAGAAGCUGCUCCCAGAGCUUUGUAAUCGAGCGAGAUCUGACACAGACAACAGCAUCCUACUGGCUGCUCUCAAAGAGACACUGGUGGUGGUCGCCAUGGAAACAAGCCCCGCGGAAUUCCUGGAGCUUAUACCUGACGACGGCACGGCUGCGUACUUCCUGCCUCACCUGCUGACGUGUAGCCAGAGACACCUGCUCAUCUGAGACACACACAUAUACACACACACACACACACACACACACACACACACACACGCACACAUACAAGACAAAUGUGUCACCACUUGCUGAAUGAUGUUUGCUGACUGUUGGCCGAUGAACUGCUGCAUCAGACCCUGGACAGUCGUUGCUGAGGAUGAUUCAACCAGGCAACACUAAAAACAUCAUCCUGGCUCUAUCAUUUCUACACCAGCAGCCUUUUGGAUGUUUGACCUCAGACAAUCAUGUAUUUUUUUGUUGUUGUUAGGGUUAGGGUUAGU